UUUAACACUUUUGCCGCGGGUUGUUUUUCAUGUCCGCGGGUUGAAGCGACUCCAAUAACACGAUAUUCAUCCCCUGCAAUGCAAAUUUUAGCAGGGAAACCCCGCCAAAAACGUGUAUUUUACCCCACGGAACGCGAUUUUUAACUGGGGACCCCCUCGAAACUCGAUUGAGCUCGUUUUGAGUAGCGAUUCGGCGGGUUUUCUUGUGAAAACCUGGCAGCCCAGCUCCCUCAUCACAUAACGCGGAAGUUGACAGAAAUAAGACGAAACAGGUAGAACGUCUCUUCCUUAACAAAUCGCUUCCUUCUUUCUUUUUAAACAACAAACUUAACUAUUUAAACGGAGAAGGGCUAAUGUUUUAAAUCGCUCUGCGAUAUUUAAACGUCUUUUAAACUCUGCUGAGAAAAUAUUGCCGUUUAGUGAAAGUGAAAGUAGCUACAACAUGGCAGAAUACAGUGACGAGGAUAUCACAGACAGGCCAUCUCUUCUAGAGUCAGACUUAACGUGUCCUGUGUGCAAAGACAUUUUUAAGGAACCCGUGUUGCUCUCGUGUAGCCACAGUUUCUGUCAAGAAUGCCUGGAGGGCAGCUGGAAGAACCAGUCGAAACGGCAGUGCCCGAUGUGCCGAAAAUGCUGCGACGGAGAGACACCGAUCCCCAACCGCGCACUAAAAAACACCUGCGUGUCCUAUAAAAAGGAGAGGAACUGGAGAGGACAGAGUACUGGUGUAGAUGAGGUUAUCUGUGGUUUGCACCAGCGGCCCUUCCAGCUCUUCUGCAUUAAAGACGAGGAACCCGUGUGCGUCGACUGCGUGACUCUACAUCCAGGACACGAGCUGGUGCCUAUAGAGCAAGGAGUGCCUUUCUGCAAGGAGGAGCUUAACAUGAAAAUCAAAAUACUGGAAAGUAAGCAGGACUCCUUCAAAAGAAUGAAAAAAAGAUAUAAAGAUACCAUCUCCUUUAUUGAGAGCCAGACUAAGGAUGCAGAGCAACAAAUCAAAGAGGAGUUUGAAAGACUCCAUCAGGUCUUACGUGAUGAGGAGACAUCUAGAAUAAAUGCUUUGUAUAGAGAAGAAAAUGAGAAGAAGCAAAUGGUGAAUGAGAAGAUUGAAACCAUCAGUCGUGAUAUCACGGCUCUUGCAGAAUUGAUUCAGGCAGUAAAGAGGGAAAUGGGAGCUGAGGAUUUGACUUUCCUUCAGAAUUUCCAGAAGCUAAAAAGACGAACCCAGUGGACUAGUGAGGAACCACAGAAGGUUCAAGGAGCUCUCAUCAACAUGGCCUUGCAUGUAGGUGCUUUGGGUUACAAAGUCUGGGAGAAGAUGCUGACUCAUGUCACAUGUUUGCCUGUAAUCCUGGAUCCCAACACAGUCUCGCCCUGGCUCUCCAUAUCUCCAGAUUUUUCCAGUGUGCAACAGAGUCUAGAAAGACAGACUUUCCCAGACAACCCUGAGAGGUUUGAUCCCUGUGUUUUUGUCCUUGGCUCAGAGGGUUUCUCCUCAGGGCGCCACCGUUGGGAGGUCCGUGUGGCUGACCACCCCAAAUGGAUCUUGGGAGUAUGCAAGCAGUCAGUGGUUCGGAAGAGAAAGUUCACAGUAACAACAAAAGCUGGAGUGUGGACCAUCGGUCUGAGUAAAGGAGUCUACAGUGCCUUAACCACUCCACGCACUGAGCUGAGUCUAGAGAGAAGGCCUGAAACCAUCAGGGUAAAGGUCAAUAUGGAGAAGGGAGAGGUGUCCUUCUGGGAUACAGGCAACAACAAGCACCUAUGUACAUACAAUGAUAAGUUCAAUGAAAAGCUGUUCCCCAUCUUUGGCCCAGGCCUCCAGAGCACACCCAUCACUAUCUUGCCUGCUAAAGUGACCAUACACAAACAAUAAGUAAAUAUGCUUUAUAUCUAAGCCUGGUGAGACUGAAGAGUCUAAAACCUUCACUAAAGUUGCGACUUAUUUUGAACAGAAUUCAAGGAACAUUUCAGAAUCAGUGCAAAUUAAUCUCAGUCAACAGCAUUUUUGGCAUAAUUCGCCAUGUCCCUCUUUUUCUUUAAAAAAAA